UUUGUAGAGCAGGCCAGGAUAGUCCAGUUUUCCCCCAGGAAUCGUAUCUUGCGCACCCCGACAUCAAUUCGGUGCGAACAUCCGCAGGAGGAAUCCGCGUUGUACCACAUACGGCUGCGUGUCUUUACGAACUGCAUAACUAACGUGUAUGGUAGCACGGCCGAUGUGCUGAUAGCGGACAAAAGAGAAGAGCAGUCCCGACCAUUCUUGUUGGCGAACUGUGCGUACCAACGAUCGUACAUGGAGCAUGUAUUGGAACGUGGUCAACGUGAGGCAGUGUAUGAAGUGGCCAGGCAGGUCGGUUUGGAAGUCCGUCCUAUGAAACCGGUCUACGAGCGGGACGAACGCGUCUACUGCAAGAAUACGAACAAUAAGACUUUUGGAAGCCUGUUGCUGAUGGAAUUAACGCUCUUCCCCAUUUCAGUGAAGGCCGACCUAGUGUAUAUCGGCAGUAUUUUGUUCGAUGAUCGUUUUCCAGGUGGACAGUAUAUAAUACGUUGCCGAAUCCUGCAGCCAACGGGAUUAUACGAUGAGGUACACCACUCUUUCAUAAUCCAUGAAACACCAACCAAGGUCGAUGUCACACCGGUUUACCACGGUGACCAAUUGGUUGCUCUCCAAUGUCAGCCCGAUGGAUUUCCAGAUAUGAACUUCUCUUACAAUUGGCUCAUCACCUAUCAUCCCGGUGGUGUCCUGAUGGCAGAUGGACGAUGGUUGUACACGACGCCAUUCACAACAGCCGGGUUGAUCGAGGGGAGGUGUGUUGUUCAGGAUCCAGCAUUGGAGAAGCCUCCUUUGGUCGCAGGAACCGGUAACGCGGUGUACACAGGUCGUGCAUUCAACCGCCGAGAAUUCGAACAAAUGUUUGUCAAAUCGAGCAAGAAGACUUCUCUCAUAAUCCAUAGUCUGUGUGCAGUUGGACUGCUUUGGUUUACAAUCAGCCUCAUGAAGUUUUGCGCUGUGGGUGUGGAAGACGACGAAAGCACCAUGGAAGCACUGCGUGAACAGCAAGAGACAAACUCGUACAUAGUGCUGCGAGGUGCGGAACUUCAGCCUAUCUACACCACACUGGUCGAUCUGGUAGAACAAUUCGACCGCACAGGAGCACUAAUCAAUCAAACCCGAGUGCUUUGUGGAACCACUGUGCACAGCUCAGGCACGCAAUCAAGCACACCGAUUCGGGUUUCAGGUAGAGCAACCCUGAAAUUGGCCCAGUACCAUCCGCCUUGGUUUAGACAAGGACAACCACAAAUCGGGUACUCAAAUCCAACCCCCAGUCACGCGAACGACGAAGAACUCAGAGCCAUGUGACCAUUGUCAGGAGCACGACAAGGUUCGAGCCGAGAAAUUAGGAAAUCGCGAUCAUGCUUGUUGCGGCAGAUCUCGGUGGCAUGCUAUGGCAUGCCAGAUAACUUUGCGUCAUGGAUUAAAUCAAGGCGGUGGUGGAACCAGAGGAUAGAACAGCUCAAAAUGAUGGAAGGUGACGACACUUCUACUAGGCGACUUUGUACAUUUAGUCCUAUAUACCGUCGCACGUAUAACUUCCACAAAACAUUGUUACUCAGUUCGUUGCUGCCCGAUUUCUACGCGGCCAGUUUUGAAGUUUGUCAAAACAAAUCACUCCAUGUGCUUUGUACGUUUAAUUGCAUUGCUCAGGUUGUGUUAACACAAUUUCUAUUUAUGUCCACGUUUAGCUGCAGCAAACCAAUGACCUUAUCACGAG